UUGUAAACCAACGACCCGUCGCUCCGAAACAGUGAAUUGAGCUCUCUUGGUCACAUUCAUCCUUUUAGCUGUCCAAUCCCGAUUGUUCUCCUUAAACUCUGAAUUAGCUUUGUCCACCCGGGUAAUCCGUUCAUCUCUUUUUCUUCGAAGGCAGGACGAAGUGUUCGAUAAUCUUUUGCCGCUGUGAACUCCUUGGACGCCUACGAGGUUCUCAUGAUUCAUUGAGCGAGUUUCGAGGACAUCGACUUCUUUUGUCGAUCGCAAACUCUCUGGUCAUUCAUUUCGUCCCACUAAUCUGAUUUGUUGCGGACCUGGCCGCGCAAGCCGAUGGCCCCCAAAAAAUCAAAACCCUCCAGAUCCUCACGAUCAUCUUUACAUCGGUCAAGCGCCUCCAUACAUAACAAGACAGAGAUCAAGAUUCACGUCUAUGACCUGCUACCUCCUGGAAAACUGUCAUCGACCCUUUGGGCGCUUGGGACAUCACUUCUCCAUUCAGGCGUUGUUAUCAACGGCAAAGAAUACGCAUACGGAGGUCACGACAGGCGUGGAGUGACGGGUGUAUACUGGACCAAGCCAGGAAUUGAGCCUCCGGGGGGUACCUUCAAAUGCGAAAUACUCCAUGGCUUUACAUUCUCGCCUCAACAUGAAAUCGAUGCCAUUAUUCGCGCGGCAUCAGAACAUUUCCUUGGAACGGCAUACAACCUCCUUACCAAGAACUGCAAUCAUUUUACCCAAUAUCUGUGCCAGAAACUCACCGAUAGGCCAGGCCCAGGAUGGCUGAACCGUGCAGCAAGCAUAGGUGUUGCUAUACCCUGUAUUGUACCGCGCGACUGGGUUGAGCCACCCGACUACGACAUAGCCGAUGGCGAGUUGCUUGCGGAUGAAGACCAUGAUGAGGACAAUGCUACGGAACGAUCUCGGAUGCUACGGAACUCUACCGAGCGACCGAGAUUGAUAACACUAGAUGAGGGCUCCGAGGGUGGAGGCCGCAGCACUGACGAUGACCAGCCUCGAGCGAGCAUGUCUAAAGGACAAAGAAGAAGCUCGAUCCGCGAUACAUCUGGACGACAACUGCCGGCGGCAGAGAGAGCUCCUGCCUCCCGGGUACAGCUUUUGUGAAUAUUUGGAUGUGUGAAUAUCGACAUUUUGAUGCAUGAAACUUUGCAGUUUUUGAUACCAUGAAUCGAGUAGCAUCAGUUUAGCAAGAGCCACAUUAUUCUGCCUUUGUUUUGUUGUUUUCUUUUACCAUGUUUCCUUGUUUAGUUUUUGAGCAUUGCAUUUAUACAGAAACUUAUUCUAAUAUUGGCUUGGCUUCGCAUACUUGACCUUGAAGAGGCAUAUCGUUUUCAAAGUUUC